AGGAAAAGAGUGCAGCACUGGAACAACAACUUCUCCUUUGCAGGGGGAGGAAGAAGCAAUAAUUCAAUCAAUCGAUGUUAUUCAGCAACAGUUAAAAAUCAACUACAUCGACGUUAGUACACUAUCAAUUAGCUCUGCUAAUGGACAGCCAUCAACAACCACCACAGAACUUGCUCAAUCAUCCACUACUACCAAUAAUAAUACACAAAAGAUAACACGAUGGGCAGACAUCGUUGAACAAAAAGAAAAAGAAGCAAGAGAUUCCCACUACGAAGAAGACGACAGAAAAGGCAGCAAGUGAUAUGUCAUAUUCAAUGCACCAUAUCGAGGAGUAUAUCACAACUGGGCCAUCGCUAGCCAGCACAUCAAUGGCAAACCAGUUCAACAUCAGUCAUUUAAAACAAAAGAAGCAGCCGAAGAAGCAUUUAGACAGUCAUACAAAGUGAUGGCAAUGGAAGAACCAGUCAAGAAUCAAGAGCAACAAUCGCAGAAACUUAUCAUGAAGAUACCUGGUAUCAAGAGUAUCCCAACCACCAAAGAAAAAGAAGAACAAUUGAAACCAGUCUUUCAAAAUUUUGUAACCAACUGGGAUAUGAUAAUCAACUACGAAGAAAAACACACAACCAUGGGUUUUUAUCCCAUCAGUCGAGGAGGACCAAAGGCAGUAAUCACAGAAGAAGCAUCACCAGAACUCUCUUAUGAGUUCCAUCAGUAUGGAUUAAUCGACAUUAUCUACACUACAACCAUGAAAGUAUUUGAAUACUUUCCACAAAGAAUGAGGAACGUGAUUAGAAGAUAUCUUGAGCUUUUCGCCAAGGAACGAGAAAUAUUUCUCAAGUAUACAAGCAGCUACCCCAUAUUUGAUGAAGACAAGCUAUUGGUCGGAUCAAAGGCAGUUAUCCUUAUGGGAGUAUCAAACCAUGAUUAUCCUACCAGAGAUGACCUACGAGACUAUGAGAAGAACCCAGACUACCAAGUAAAGGGUCUUCUAGCAGUAUGCAGAGCAUUAACCAAGAUUGAACCAGAAAGUCAGAUCAAGGUCAAUUACAGCAGCCCCGAUGCCAUCAUCAGCAGUAAAACUAGAGGAAAUAUGACCAAGGAAGAAUGGACAAUCAUAACAGAUAAAACUAAAGAAUUCACUGAAAUUAAUGGGAAUCUAUCAGCUCUUCCUAUCCAAAUCAAGAAACAGUUGUGCAACGCACUUACUAUCUAUGAGGACCACUUCUGUGAAUGGUGUGCAUCAACUGACGAAGUCAUCAAUGGACCAGCAGACCAAGACUGAAAGAAGCAUGUGAAGAAAGAGGAAUCAAACAAAUAUGGGAUAAAACGACAUGAGAAGGUUGGCCGACUCCUUUAAAAAAGUCGUGCAUUAUUGUAUUUUAUCAGCUUUUCUUAUCGUUUCACGCACUUUAUUUUGACGUGUUAGCUUUAUGUCCCUAUCUAACAGACGUAAGCAAUGACGUCUUUGUAUUCCCUCUCAACUCUAUAUAAGAGCAAGAGUUUGCAAUGAAAUAAGGCAGAACGAGUUUGGCCAUAAAAGUUGCAUGUUUACUCUCUCCCUCUAGCUAGCUAGUUGUAAGGCUUGGAUCCACUGAUCCUGGAGGCCACAAUCAUCUUCAACAUAAUCAAACGCACGAAGAGCAACUACAAUCAUCAAGCAAUCAUAAAAAAUUCAGAGUUUCAUCAGAAGAACAAGUCAGGUAUGUCCAGUAAUCCUACUUUAAGUUAUUUUGACUAUUUAAACAAAAACGAUAAUGAAAAUUACUUCUUAUA